AUGGUUCACUGGAUGCAGAAUAAAUUAAAAGAAGUUGGAGCAAGUACAGAACUUCGAGAUGUAGGUUUUCAAACAAUUGAUGGCAAAGAAGUAAAAUUACCUCCAGUAUUAAUUGGAUCCCUGGGAAAUGAUGCCAAAAAGAAUACUAUUUGUAUCUAUGGCCACUUAGAUGUUCAGCCAGCUCUAAAAUCUGAUGGUUGGGAUUCUGAACCAUUUGAGCUUCAAGAACGUGAUGGCAAGUUAUUUGGCCGAGGUUCUACUGAUGACAAGGCACCAGUUCUUGGAUGGCUUCAUGCCAUUAAUGCUUACAAAGGUAUUGGUGAAGAGCUGCCUGUAAAUCUAAAAUUUGUUUUUGAAUGUAUGGAAGAAUCUGGUUCUGAAGGUCUAGAUGCAUUGCUUAUGGAGCAGUUAAAACCAGAAGGGUUUUUUGAUGAUGUUGAUUAUGUAUGUAUUUCGGACAAUUAUUGGCUGGGCACCACAAAACCUUGCAUAACAUAUGGCCUAAGAGGCAUUAGCUACUAUUUCUUAGAAGUAGAGUGUGCCAAGAAUGAUCUUCACAGUGGAGUUUAUGGAGGAACUGUACAUGAAGCAAUGACUGAUCUUAUUUACCUUAUGGAUCAAUUGGUUGACAAAGAUGGUAAAAUUCUGAUAACUGAUAUAUACAAGUCGGUAGCACCAAUGACAGAGAAUGAAAAAAAGCUUUACUCUAGUAUUGAUUUUGACCCUGAGGCUUAUAGGCGUACAAUAAAUGCAUUCAAAUUACCACAUAAUGGAGACAAAGAGCAGAUACUGAUGCACCGUUGGAGAUACCCAAGCCUUUCUUUGCACGGAAUAGAAGGCGCUGCCUUCCAACCGGGGGCGAAGACCGUCAUCCCGGGUAAGGUGAUCGGAAAAUUUUCCAUCCGAAUCGUCCCCAACCAAGAGCCCGAAGAAGUAGAGAAACUAGUCUUCGAUUACAUCAACAAAAAGUGGGCGGAGCGCGGCUCGCCCAACAAGAUGCGCAUAUCAGCUCAGAGCGGCCGCGCGUGGACCGAGAACCCUGACCAUCCCCACUACCAGGCAGCGGCGAGGGCCACCAAGCUCAUCUACCAGACCGACCCGGACAUGUCGCGCGAGGGCGGCUCCAUCCCGGUCACGAUCACGCUCCAGGAGGCGAGCGGGCGCAACGUGCUCCUGCUGCCGAUGGGCGCCGGCGACGACAUGGCCCACUCGCAGAACGAGAAGAUCAACGUGCGAAACUACAUCGAGGGCAUCAAACUGUUCUCCGCCUAUCUGUACGAAGUCGGCAAACUCGCAAAG